ACCUUUUAUUUUCGCAAUAUUGUCAGGGAAAACCCCCAGAUCAACGCCCCUGCCAAAACAUCAUGACGUAAUGUAGUACCGGCAUAUAACUUAACACGUCUUCGAGCUCCUCUCAUUAACCUCUUGGACAGUACUAACAAGCUUUAUCCAAGAGGUUUUAAGAUGGGYUCUAUGAAGAAUCUACUCCAAGAACGACAGCAACAUUUCGUAGAGAAUUUGCGCCCUUUAGAUCUGUUUGCCCACUUGUCAUGUCUUACUGGUCCAGAUAAAGAACAGAUCGAGUGCGAUUCAAGGCAACAUGGGGACAAUAGAGCUACGCAGACGUUAUUCGAUAGACUUUUAAAACGUGGUGACGAAGCCUUUCCGAUCUUUGUACGAGCUUUACGCGAAACAGGAUACGACAAUCUUGCAAUGAUUCUUGAUCCACAUUAUCAAGUGCAGCAAAACGUAGAACAGUCGUCGAACAAUACACAAUUUCUUUGCGUAGCAGGCCCCGCCAUUGAUGUGAGAGUCACUUUGCGAAUCAUCAACGAGGGCAACAAGCAGAUCUGCAAUGAUCUAGAAGAGGUCAUAGCAAAAAAAUUCCAGACGCAGAAAUCUGACGAAUGUAGAACAUUGAGGAAGCGCUUUGCGAAGUACCUCCCCCAGGGUGCAACCUUUCUAUGUACUGCCCAUGAAGAUCCAGAAAAGACGUCAGUCCAGAUUAUAUUCCGUCUGUCCAAAGUCGAUGCGGCAGGUGAAUUCUGGGACAUGUACCAAGCGAAAGAUUUGCACCGUCAUCUWCGAGAAGUCUUGRCGUCAUAUCUCAUGGAAGAUGCUUUGUCUGACAAAGAGUUAAAUUUUCAAGUAAACUUCCUUAAAGAUGUAUAUGAGAACGCCAGGAAAAGGCUGGAAGACCUUGARUCUGGUCAAGUUUACAGAGAGCACUCUUUGCAGAUAGAAGGAACUGAAUGGAACACGAUAAGUCUUCCUGAAUUCAAGAUCCCUGAAGUGUAUCUGGACAAUGGUAAGGGUCAGCAAGCCAUUGAUCUUAAUCUGAGGAAUUAUCAAAAUGAAUUAGCCGAGCCAGCCAUUGAUGGACUCAACACCAUUAUCUGCGCACCAACCAAUAGUGGUAAAACUUACGUUGCGCUGAAGAUUGCAAGAAAUCACUUAGACUCAAAGGAUGGAAAAGGCAAAGUAUUAUUUCUUGUCAGUACAGUGAACCUUGUCCUCCAGCAACGAGAACGAUUUCAACUGUACCUAAACGACAAAUACAAGAUAACAGAGAUGUCAAGCGCYCAUACUACCGGCGAUCCUCUUGAACAGAAAGUCAAAACCAACGAUGUAGUCGUCCUUACUGCACAGAUUCUUGUGAACGCGCUGCGYGAGAAACGUCUUAGUUUACAUGAGAUCAGUAUGUUGAUCUUUGAUGAAUGUCAUCAUACACAUGGAGAACAUCCUUACAAUAAAACUAUGGAGUUUUACAUGACACUGGCUCUACAGCCUGGCCUUGCUGAUAGGUUACCACAGGUUAUUGGCAUGACAGCCUCUUUAGGAGUUGGAAAAGCAAGAAAUCUUGGCGAAGCACAGAACCAUAUCCUAUAUYUGUGCGCUAAUCUAGACACUAAAGCUAUCUCAACGGUUAAAGAGCACCAGGACGAACUCAGUAUACAUACAAGUACCCCUAAAAGGACUGUCCACCCCGUCUAUCAAAACAGAAAUGAUGACAUUUUUAACUAUAUUAUUAACCAAGUCAUGGAGAAUAUUGAAGCGUAUGUUGACAACUCGUCCGUCCAAGCAGACCUCCCCCCGACAGGGAGAGAAAGUCAGCGUUACCGCCAGUGGUGCGAGACCCUGUACGACAACAGCGUAAUAGCAGGUAAUCGUUACGUAGUUACGUACGCAGAGCAGCUACGUGAAUACAACAUYGCGCUGUCAAUCAACGAAGCAACACGUAUGAAAGACGCAAAAGCACGACUAAAGAAGUACUUUGAUCGCCUGAAAGAAGAAAAAUUUACCGACGUAGACAGAAAACUGAAGAAGCUCUACAUGAACUCUUGCGAUGCUCUGGACGUAGCCUUGAACAAAUAUGGCGAACCUCUGAACCCCAAACUAGUAAAAAUACAAGAAAUACUUCUGGAAUUAAAUUCUGGUAACAACGGCGCCAAAGGAAUCCUGUUUAGCAAGACUAGAGAGACAACAGUUGCUUUGGAAAGCUGGAUAAAGGAGAAUGACAAACUGAAGAAGAUGCUCAGGCCAUUGCGUCUUGUUGGGAGCAACGACAGGGAAGGCGCCAGCAUGACACAGAAUGAUCAAGAAGAAGUCAUUUCCAAGUUCAAACAUGGYCGUGAAUGCAACCUCAUCAUUGCAACAACAGUGGCCGAGGAAGGACUGGAUAUAGAUGAUUGUAAUUACGUCAUUCGUUACGAUAUGAUUGGAAAUGAAAUCUCUAGUGUCCAAUCACGUGGAAGGAUUAGGACGCUUGAAGGAGGUCAAUACUGCUCUGUGAUUGGYGCAGACUCAGGUGGAUUAGAGAAGGAACAUUUGAAUAGAUAUCGUGAAUGUCUUAUGGCAGAAGCGCUGGCGCAAGUCCAGAAAAUGGAUCCCAACGCUUAUAAAGAGAAGAUUGAGGAUUACCAAAAAGAAGCUGCCAAGGAAAGAACUUUAAAAGAAAGACUUCGUGAAUGUCUCAAGUCUCAGUACGACCCUAAUGAUGUAACGUUCAAGUGCCGUCACUGCCAAGUUGUUGCAUGUCAGGCRCACGACUUGAGACGAGUUAAAAGCUCCUUCCACGUAGUGAUACCAGAUGACUUURAUGAAAAGAUCGAUAAGAUUAACAUUCCACUGUCCAAAGUCCAGUCAUUCCACGAUGUAUCAAUGCCACAACAAAUCAAAUGUAAAAAAUGUGGCGAACACUGGGGAUGUACUGUCAAUAUGAGAGGGCUUGAAAUGCCAUGUCUAAAAGUUGAAUCCUUUCUCUUGGAGAUCAGAAAGGGAGCCCGUGUGUUGAAGAUAAAAGCAAAAAAGUGGAAGAAAUGCCCUUUUGAUGUACCUCGCGUUGAAAUCAGUGAACUGUUGGACUUGAAGGUGAAGGGAUAAUGUCAUAGGAUAAGUCAGUGAUACCAAAUAGCUGGGACCGAUACAAUUGUACGUCUGYCUACCCUGGUCAUCACCACCACAAAUGUCCACAAUAUGCCAAACAUUUUAAAAUUACAGCACAUUGCACUAAAUUACAGUGUUAAAUUGGUUUCAUUUGAUAAAAUACAAGGAAAAAUAUGGUUUUAGUAACUAUUUGGAAUAGUUGAAGGCUUUGCGUGGUGGAGAACUCGGAAGAUAUUUCUU